CAGAGAAUAACCCUUCUCCUGCUCUAAUGGAAUCAUCCGUAUGCUUCCUCCAAACUACGGUUGUUAUUUUGAUAUUAGUGUAUCAUCAUCAUCAUCAAACAUGUGAGGCUACCAAUAGUAAUAAUAACCAAACAAAUUGUCCACCUUCUUCAUGUGGCAAACUCACAAACAUAAAACAUCCGUUUCGACUCAAGAAUGAUCCAACAACCUGUGGUGAUCCGAGGUACGAGUUAUCCUGCGUAAACAACAUCACAACGUUAACUUUGCUUUCGGGUAACUACAAUGUGAAGUCAAUCAACUACGAUAACUACACAAUCAGACUAGUUGAUCCUGGAAUUCAAGAGGAUGAUUGCUUCUCCAUUCCUCGUUAUUUCUUAACCAAAUCCAAUUUCACAAGUUAUUACAGUAAUAGCAAACGCGAGGAUCCAUACGGAUUUGAUUAUGCAUCUUGGUUCGAAUACAUAACUUACUUGAACUGUAGCAAGCCAGUGAAGGACGAUCCUGAUUAUGUGGACACAGCUCCGUGCAGAGUGAACUGGGACUCCAACUCCACUGAUCAUGUUUAUGUGAUCGCUCGGCGCAUAAGUGCUCGAAAAUUAAAUAUUGAUUGCCACGUGAAGCUUGUUGCUAUGUCAGCAGCUCCUGCUUUUAUCUCUCGGAGUGAUCAACACCAUUUUUCUUACGCGGAAAUUCACGGAAUGCUAAGCUAUGGAUUUGAAAUUUCGUGGAUUACACGUGCUUGUGAAGAUUUUUGUGACUUAAAACGACAAGACUGCUCCAUGGAUCGAAUUAACACCGGACCUUUGAUAUGUCUAAGUCGUGUUUGCACUGCUCCAUUCGGAUACAACAUCUUAUGUGAACAUAUGUCAAGGCUGAACAUCUUGAUCGAAGAUAUAACAAUUGGCUUUUAUAAAGGUAAUAUUUUAUCUUUUUCUUAGAGGUAUUUUAUUAUGUUCUGUUGUUUACGGUUAUUUAUUUACUACUAUUUUUCAUCUUUGAUU